AUGGAAGGCAGGAGCGCCGACCAAGCGAGGCACGCCAUCUCCUCCUCUAGGAGGCCCCGCGUGGUCCUGGUCUUCGGCAAGUCCCAGCCGAAGGAGCCCCCGCCAUUCUCCGUCGCAUCACGUGCAGCAUCGCCGCGGGUCAGCGGCCCGCCGACGACCAUCGCUAGCCAUCCAUGGCCCUCGACCUGCCACCAGGCCUUCACCGCCGGCGGCGCCUUCAGGGCCCCUGCGGCACAUCCCCAUCGCCUUCUUUCGCCCUCCGCCGCGCAGCCGUUGGUCGCCCCUCUGGCAACCUCUGGGUGGGCUGGCGCGGUCCCAUCGGGGCGUCCCGCCGCCGCCCGGCUCACCGUCUCCGGCACCGGGGUCUUCCUUCCGCCGGGUAACGCGGUGGCGAGUGGCGCCGGGCGGCCCGUGGAGAGCCCGCCCCCCAAAGAGAAUGGAAGUGUUGGAGAUACAGUGGAAAAGCUCCCUUCCUGCGGCAGAGAACAGAGCCUCCAGCUCAACGGGAGCUGGAGUGGCGGCCCUGGCUCGGGCGAGCGGGCGGAGGGGGAGGAACAGCAGACUGCUCGGGUUGGUGAGAGGGCAUAUUAG